AUGAUGACACUGCGCAAGGACAGUGAUUUUAGUAUGAAAUCAGCGCGGAGACACGGCCGACAUAUGGGGCCAGAGCACUGCUUGCUUGCCGAGGUGUAGUGUCAUGUCUUGACAUCGACUACAUCCUUGUUCGGAUGGAAGCUCUUAAACGGUUCCUCCUUGUUGGUAAGCAGCAAUGUUCAAGGGAGUUCUGUAUUUCUGGCGUGAUCUCGAGCUCGGGAGAUCACCAACCCCAGAAGCAGACACCUAGUAAAGUGCAUGCAUGUGAGAGGGAGAAAGAAUGGAGAGUGUAUUGAAGGCGCACAGGGGAGGGGAGUCAGUGCUGGACCUGAGCCCAAGAUGGACGGUAGGGGGAGGAGUUGAAGAUGUCUAUGGCGAGGAUUGUGCAACGGAGGAUCAGCUCGUCACUCCCUGGACUGUCUCCGUUGCUAGCGGGUAUAGUUUGCUGAGAGAUCCUCAUCACAACAAAGGACUUGCUUUUAAUGAGAAAGAGAGAGAUGCUCAUUACUUGCGUGGCCUUCUUCCUCCAGCUAUUAUAUCCCAGGAGCUUCAGGAGAAAAAGUUAAUGCACAGUCUUCGGCAAUAUGACCUUCCUCUGCACAAAUACAUGGCUAUUAUGGAACUCGAGGAGAGAAAUGAAAGGUUGUUUUACAAGCUUCUUAUUGAUAAUGUGGAGGAGCUCCUCCCGGUUGUCUACACUCCGACUGUCGGUGAAGCUUGCCAAAAAUAUGGAAGCAUCUUUCGACGUCCUCAGGGUUUAUAUAUAAGUUUAAAAGAAAAGGGAAAAAUUCUCGAGGUUUUGAGGAACUGGCCUCAGAGGACAAUUCAAGUCAUUGUUGUGACCGAUGGUGAGCGGAUAUUGGGACUUGGGGAUCUUGGCUGCCAGGGCAUGGGGAUACCGGUCGGGAAAUUGGCUUUGUACACUGCCUUAGGAGGAGUGAGGCCUUCGGGGUGUUUGCCGAUAACAAUAGAUGUGGGAACAAACAAUGAGCAGCUACUGAAUGAUGAGUUUUACAUCGGGCUUAAACAAAAACGGGUGACUGGAAAGGAAUAUUAUGACUUCUUACAUGAGUUCAUGACUGCUGUGAAGCAAAAUUACGGUGAGAAAGUUCUCAUACAGUUUGAGGAUUUCGCUAACCAUAAUGCUUUUGAGCUGCUGGCCAGAUAUGGCACUACCCAUUUGGUCUUUAACGAUGAUAUACAGGGGACAGCAUCUGUCGUGCUUGCUGGGCUUGUUGCAUCACUUAAGCUGCUUGGCGGUACCUUGGCUGAUCACAGAUUCUUGUUCUUUGGUGCUGGAGAAGCGGGGACUGGUAUAGCCGAGCUAAUAGCAAUUGAAAUGUCAAAGCAGAGUAAAAUUCCUCUGGAAGAAACACGUAAAAUGAUUUGGCUGGUGGACUCAAAGGGUUUGAUCGUAAAUUCCCGUAAGGAAUCUCUUCAACACUUCAAGAAACCUUGGGCUCAUGAGCAUGUGCCUGUUCACAAUCUUUUAGAUGCGGUCAAGGCUAUCAAGCCAACAGCUCUGAUUGGAACAUCUGGUGUUGGAAAAACAUUCACAAAGGAGGUGGUUGAGGCAAUAGCCUCCUUCAAUCAGAAACCUCUUAUUAUGGCUCUCUCCAAUCCAACCUCACAAUCUGAGUGCACUGCUGAAGAAGCUUAUACUUGGACUGAGGGCCGUGCUAUUUUUGCAAGUGGAAGUCCAUUCAAUCCUGUGGAAUUCAACGGAAAGCGCUUUGUACCAGGCCAGGCCAACAAUGCAUACAUAUUCCCAGGGCUAGGUUUCGGGCUGGUCAUUUCCGGUGCUAUUCGUGUGCAUGAUGAUAUGCUUCUAGCAGCUUCGGAAGCUUUGGCUGGUCAAGUAAGAGACGAACACUGUGAUAAGGGAAUGAUUUAUCCUCCUUUUUCCAAUAUAAGAAAGAUCUCAGCUCACAUUGCUGCAAAUGUAGCUGCUAAAGCAUAUGAACUCGGUCUGGCAACACGGCUGCCUCGACCUGCUGACUUGGUUAAGUAUGCUGAAAGCUGCAUGUACACUCCAAGUUACAGAAGUUACCGAUGAAGCUCUGGCUUACGAUGUGUGUUGUUUUGAGCAUGUUUGCUAACAUUAAGUUUCAUGCGUCUAUAUGUACCAUAAGCUUCGCCAUGUUAUAAAAUUUGAUCGGCAGGACACGAUGUACUGUUAGAGCAUGUAGUUUUCCAUAGUGGUUGCAGAUAGUUGAUAAUAGGUGAAGAAUUUGGUUGUGGUGUUUAGUUAUCGUUCGCUAAACUAAUGUGUUUCACACUUUAGGACAGAGUGGAGGCUUGUGCUGGAUUGAAGAAUACUGGAAGAGGAUAGGAAG